UAAGAUUUUGUUAACAACAUCUAGAGCAGCUUCGGACAGUCCGGUAGGUUCGGACGUUUUAAAAAUGACGUAAAAUCGAAGGUAUAAACGCGACGUCGCGAGCCAAUCUUCUGACAAUAUUUUGACAAGAAGACACACUGUCGUAUUCCAGUAAGAAAAAUCAGCAAAAUGCGCCAUAAACAGCCGAAACCAUCGAAAUAUCAUGGUAAAUACAGGGGAUACAGAAAAGAAGCACUUGUUCUGGCUGUCGAAGCUGUCCAAAAGGGAUUGUUGGUGCGGAGAGCCGCAGCACAAUUUUGUGUGCCACGGGCCACCCUUGCUGAUAGAGUAUCGGGACGGAUAAGUGGUACAGUAACCAAGGAGACACUCUUUAACCAAGAGGAGGAAUUGAGGUUAGUGGAGUAUUUAGAGUCACUGGCACAGCUCGGAUAUGGGGCCACUAGAAGUCGACUCAAAGAUUUGGCUGGGGAUUUAGCCUUUAGCCUUGGUAAACGGGGAAAGAAUAAGCCUUUAAGCAACGACUGGGUCUCGGGAUUUUUACAGAGAUGGAAAACACGCCUGUCAUCUGUUCGCCCAAGUGCAUUGGAAUCUUACCGUGCGAAGUAUGCAACUCCGGAAUCGGUGGAUCAUUAUUUCAAAAAUCUUGAAGAAACAUUAAAAAAGUAUAACUUAUUAAACAAGCCAGAGUGCAUUUACAAUUUAGAUGAGACCGGUAUCCAGCCAGAACAUCGCCCCCCUAACAUUAUUGCCCCCACCUGUGAAAAGGCGCAGUCAGUUACAUCCCCGAGAUCAACAACAACUACCGUAAUUGGGUGCGCAAAUGCUAUGGGCAAUCACGUUCCACCUUUCUUUGUUUUUAAAGGGAAACGGGAGAAUCCCGAGCUUAUGAAAGGUAGCUCUCCGGGUUCAAGAUUGUGUAUGUCCGACUCUGGGUGGUCAAACAGUAACGUUUUAAAAAUUUAUCUUGAGCAGCAUUUCAUUCCGAACGUCCGACGUGGAGAGAAUGACAAGCAACCGAUAUUGCUUCUUUUUGAUGGGCAUAGUUCUCACACAUCCACUGAUCUUAUUGAAUGGGCCAUUUCAAAAAAUAUUAUCUUAUUUGCAUAUGGGUAG